AUGGAGUACGAGAGGAUACACAAAGUUCAGACUGGUAUUAUUUCCCCUAGUAAGCUGAGGAUGAAGCUCAUGGGGCCACACCAUCAUAGAAAGAAGGAUGGAUCAAACAGUAACUCCUCAAGAACUUCUCCUUCCAAGCUUGAUGAUUCCGAGUUUUUCAAAAACAGCUUGUUAGACCCCAUGAAUGGAGACGAGGAAGUUGCAUCUUCCAGUUUAGAAGUUCUGUCUACAAAUUUGUCUAGUGAACCGGCAUUGGACCUGAGAGAAAGUGAUCAAACUUCUUGCCAAAUGAAGGAGUCAUUGCCACGAGAAAAUGGUGAUGCCAUUCGUGUUAGAUUGCAACAAUGUACAAAAGGUGACAGUGGUAGUUCGAGUGCAAUUCAUCCCAUGAGAGCACUGGAAGAUGAAAAUCUUGACUAUGAUAGUAAUGCUAGUUCAUCCAGUUUUGAAUUUCAUAAAGGGGAGAAGUCAGUACAUAAGCACAUUUCAAGAGCACUCUCGAGAACUAUGCCGUCUAAGUGGAAUGAUGCUGAGAAAUGGAUAAUGAAUAAGCAAAUUGUACAAGCUAAUUUUCCUAGAAAGAGUGCUUUACAAAACCAAACAAUUCGGUUGCCGGUGACAAAUAUGGUGAGGGUGGCUCCGGAGUCUGCUAAUUAUGAUUAUAAGCUAAAUGGAAGAGUAGCAGACACAAAGCGGGUUGAUUUCUGUCAGCCUGCAUCACAUAUUGGAUUCGAUAAAUUCUCUUUUGUUCCUUCUGUACCUCAAUCAAGUUCAGGUGAAGCUUGUGGGAAUGCUUUGAUUGAUGCGUCCUCACAAAGUAAAGAUUUAAUGGAAGUGGGCCACGGGAAUUUUCCCUGUUCGAAGAGUACUGUCGAAAAUAAUACAGGCACUGCUGCCAUAAGAUCAGUCUCAAUGAGAGAUAUGGGAACAGAAAUGACACCUAUCCCAAGUCAAGAGCCUUCAAGGACUGCUACUCCUGAAGGGGCAACAACCCCACUCCGCAGCCCAACUUCUUCAAUCCCGUCAACUCCUCGAAGUGUUGCACCAGCUCCCACACCUAACACUGAUGGGGAAGCACAGCCACGAGUUGAAAACAACAAGAAACAAUUGUCAGAAGAAGAAUUAAAGCUCAAGACAAGGAGGGAGAUUGUAGAACUAGGUGUUCAGCUUGGUAAGAUGAACAUUGCUGCUUGGGCAAGUAAAGAUGAGCAGGAGAAAAAAUCUGCUGCUGAAAAAAUUGAUAUGGCGGAACUUGAGCGGGUUGAAUUUGAAAAACGUGCAGCUGCAUGGGAGGAAGUUGAGAAAUCUAGACAUACUGCAAGAUAUAAGCGUGAUGAAAUCAAAAUCCAAGCAUGGGAAUGUCAGCAGAAGGCAAAACUAGAAGCAGAGAUGCGGAGAAUAGAGGCUCAAGUUGAACAAAUGAGAUCACAAGCACAAUCCAAGAUGGUAAAGAAGAUAGCAUUAGCUAGGCAAAGAUCCGAAAAGAAACGAGCAGCAGCUGAAGCCAAGAAAAAUCAAAACGCAGAAAAAACCGCGGCUCAAGCAGAAUACAUCCGCCAGACUGGACGAAUGCCAUCAUCUCAUUACAUUUGUUGUGGUUGGUUGUCAUAA